CAGAGCUAGAAAGUAUCCAAGAAGUUCUGGGAGAUUACAGAGCCUGCCAUGGAACUCUGAUCAAGUGGAUUGAAGAAACCACUGCCCAACAGGAAAUGAUGAAGCCAGGCCAGGCAGAGGAUAGCAGAGUGCUGUCAGAGCAGCUGAGCCAGCAGACGGAUCUGUUUGCUGAAAUUGAGAGAAAUCAGACAAAACUGGACCAGUGUCAAAGAUUUUCCCAGCAGUACUCUACCAUUGUAAAGGACUAUGAAUUGCAACUGAUGACAUAUAAAGCCUUUGUGGAAUCACAGCAGAAGUCCCCUGGCAAACGCCGUCGCAUGCUUUCCUCUUCCGAUGCCAUUACACAAGAGUUUAUGGAUUUGAGGACUCGUUAUACAGCAUUGGUGACUUUAACAACUCAGCAUGUGAAAUAUAUCAGCGAUGCACUCCGGCGGCUGGAGGAGGAAGAGAAAGUGGUAGAAGAGGAAAAGCAAGAGCAUGUGGAGAAGGUUAAAGAACUUUUGAGUUGGGUAUCUACCUUGGCAAAGAACACACAAGGAAAAGUUACCUCAUUCCACACCAAAGAAUCCACAGACAUUGAAAAGGCUAUUUGGGAACAACAAGCUCUGACAGAAGAGCUAACAACCAAGAAAGAACAAAUUUCUGAGGCCAUUAAAACUUCACAGAUCUUCUUGGCUAAGCACGGUCAUAAGCUCUCAGCAAAAGAGAAGGAGCAGAUAUCUGAGCAAUUGAACACGCUGAACAAGACUUACCAUGACCUCUGUGAUGGCUCAGCAAACCAGCUUCAGCAUCUUCAGAGCCAGUUGGCUCAGCAAACAGAACAAAAGGGUUGCAGAGCAGUUGCUGGAGUGAUUGACCUAGGCACAGUGGAGGUAUUUCCCAUCUUCAGAGCCAUGCAAAAGGGCCUCAUUGACCAAGACACAGGCCUUGUGCUUCUGGAGUCCCAGGUUAUCAUGUCUGGCCUCAUUGCACCUGAGACCAGUGAAACACUCUCUUUGGAGGAGGGCCUAGCCAGAAACCUGAUUGAUCCGCAGCUGUACCAGCAGCUGUUGGAGCUCCAGGAGACCCUGUUCUUAAUAAGCAGUCAUACUGAAAGCAGAGGCCCUCUUUCUGUGGUGGAAGCAAUUGAAAAAAGAAUGAUCAGUGAGAGAGUUGGACUGAAAGUCUUAGAAGCUCACCUGGCAACUGGAGGUUUCAGUCCCUCUCCAAGUGAGGAGUGUAUUGACCUGGAGGAGGCUUUUCAUCAAGGCCUCAUUUCUACUUGGCUUCAUUCAUUGAUGGAGUCUCACCUGAGGUCAUCUAAGAAUUUGAUAGACCCCAGCACGGCUGAGAAAAUCAGUUUGUUGGAUCUGACCCAGAGAUGUAUCAUCCAUAAGGAAUCAGGAUUGAGAUUACUACCUGUGAAGCAGUUGGCAGGGGGAAUGGUGAGCUUGAAAUCAGGCCAAAAGGUUAGCAUUUUCCGUGCAGUUCAGGAAGGGUUAAUAGAUAGGCAAGUCACCGUCCGGCUAUUGGAAGCUCAGCUUUUUGCUGGUGGCAUAGUAGAUCCAAGAACAGGACAUAGACUUACAAUUCAAGAAGCUGUAAGACAUAAUCUGAUCGACCAAGAUAUGGCCUGUGCUCUUUUCAUAAGGCAGCUUCAGACAGGAGGCAUCAUUGAUACUGUCACUGGACAGCGCAUGACAAUAGAUGAAGCAGUGAGGAAUGAUCUAGUAGCUCCUAAGAUUGCUCUUGUGAUUCUAGAAUCCCUCUGGUCAUUCAUGGGAUUGUUACAGCCUGAUUCUGGGGAGAUCCUCCCAAUUAUAGAUGCCCUUGAACAAGGAAUUGUGUCUAGUGAACUAGUACAUAAUAUCCUUAGUAAUCGACAGCAUAUUAAGACUCUGUUUCUACCAGCAACUACAGAGAUUUGGUCCUGGCAAAAGGCAGUAGAAAAUGGUAUCUUGGAUGAAGAGCUCGCCAAUAACUUAAAAUCAAUUUGUAUACCUGAUGUGCUGCCCAACGUGCAAUUAUCAGGCAAAUGCAGCUUGAGCAUUACUUCUAGAACAGCAGCUGUACCAUGCAGCACAGGCCAAAGUGAGGGCACAGCAAGCCUUGAUGAGGAGCUGCUGUUUCACCUGAUGACUCACAGCUACAUUAAUGUGCAGAAUGGACAGAGGCUGCUGCUUUUAGAUCAAGAGCUGAUGGAGACUCUAACAUCCAGAGGUGACUAUCAAGUAAGUCCUCCAGAAAUGUUUGGAAUUAGCCAUCAAAGACCCAAUGAAGAAGCGCAAGAACCAGUAAGUAAGAACAUCACAGAAACUUUUAGUGAUGCGCUUACAGUGAUACCAUGUGAACUCCAGUUUUCUUCUCAGAACAAAGAACAUCCCAGUCAGCAAGACUGCUCUGAAGCAAAAGGUGAAAAGACUGAUAUAGGAACAGAAAAUUUUUCUGUAGAGAAUACUGAGAAGCAUCUGUUGGUAGGAGAACAAAAUGUGGUUAAUGCAAAUCUUGACACUUUGAAAGUUAUAAAUAAAGUCAAGUCAGAGUUGCAAAGGCAGUUGUCAGGUAAUGAAAAGGAAGCCCAAACAGAAAUGUCUACCAGAGAGAAUGACACCAGAGGAUUCCUCCUUGUGGUACCUGCUGAAGAAGGGGCCUUCGCUGGCAAAGAUCUUUUUUCUUUUGAAACAUCAGAGAAAGAAUGGCAAGCUCUCAGGAAACCUUCUCUUAUAAGUCAGAAAGAAAAAGCAGAGAUUUUUAAUGUUGAACACACUCCCCAUGAAAUGGAAAGACCACUCAUAAAUUCCCAAAGCAAAAUGUCACAAUUUCAGGUAGAAAAAUCUCCAGGUUUAAAAUCAAAAUUAAAGUCAGAAAAUGAUAGGAAUAUUCAUUCUUUGGAUGAAGAGGUGUUACAUAAAAUGCACUUGGCUAGGGAUGGUAGUAAACAAAGCCAAGAAGGACGAAACAUUGCAGAUGGUAAUAGGGUGUUAGAACAGGUAGAAACAGAAGAUAAUGGCAGUGAAACUUCCCUGUUGUGUGGUCAGUCUUCAGAAUUGCUUGAAGAUGCUACUUUGAAUAUAUUAUGUGCACAACUACUAGAUGGAGGUAUCAUUCACGAAGACACAGGUCAGAAGCUCUUAUUAAAUGAAGCAGUAGCCCAAGGCAUCGUGCCCAGCCACACUGCUGUGAAACUUAUGGGAAAACUGAACAUGUUUCGGGGCUUCUUUGACUCUCAGACUUGUGAGUCUUUGACAGCUGAGGAAGUCAUUGAUGAAGGUCUAAUGGAUGAGAAAUUAUUGCAAAAAGUCCUCAUGACAGACAAGGCUAUCAGUGGUGUCUUAGACCCCCGGACCCACACCCUGUGCUCUGUAAAUGAUGCAGUAGCAAUUGGCCUUCUUGACAAGGAAACAGCCAGCCAAAUUUUAGAGGGGCAGGUGGUGACUGGUGGAAUUGUUGACCUAAAACGAGGCAAAAGAAUUUCAGUAACUCUGGCUUCAAAUCUUGGCUUGGUAAAUGUUACUAAUCAGACAGAGCUUAUAAAUCUGGAGAAAGCCUCCAAAGGCAAAAGCACUGAAAAAGCAGUUAGAGAGAGAUUAAUCAGUCUACAAAUGGAAACAACAGGAUUUGUGGACCCUGACAGCAAAGCCCCUUUAACAGUUGUACAGUCCAUUGAUAGAGGUCUUUUGAAAAAAGAGGAGGCCAUUCAUUUGUUAACUAAGCAAGUGAUAGAUGGAGGUAUUAUUCACCAUACAUCUGGGAUAAGACUGUCUGUGGAUAAUGCCUGUAAACAUGGCUUGAUUGGUAAAGAUCUAGCCAAACAACUCAAAAAAGUUGAGAAUGUAAAUCUCCAUCAGUUUUUUCAUCCUGAAACAAAGGAAAUAGUUCCUUUCCUUGAAGCCAUAAAAUUAGAUCUUGUUGCCCCAGACUUUAAAAAAGAAAUACAAGAAAUUCAGACCUUUAGUGAAAACUUUGUAGAUCUCAUUUCCAGCCAGAGAUUGACCUUAGCAGAAGCUAACAAAGAAGAACUGUUAACUAAUAAAGCAAUAUUAUCUUCAAGAAUGAUGCCUGGGGUUGUAGAUCCUGAGAAUUACAGAAUUGUUCCAUACUCAGAAUUGGUAAAGAAAUGUAAGAUUGAUAUUGAAUCUGGACAGAGAUACCUGGAAGUAAUUCCCUUCUCUGACAUUAAAGAUGAGAUGAGUGACAAAGUACUUUCAUUGUCUGAAGCAAUUCAUCUAGGAAAGGUAGACUUCAUCUCUGCGUUGAAGGUUUUGGAAGCACAGGCAAAUACUGGUGGAAUCAUAGAUACAGCCACAGGAAGAAAAGUGACAUUGGCAUCAGCUUUGGAACAGAAAUUGGUGGAUGAGAACAUGGCGAGCAUUAUUGCAUCUCAUCAAAUGUUAAGUGGAGGAAUUGUUGAUAUAUUUAGUGAUAAGAGAGUGACUCUAAUGGAAGCUGUUAAGAAAGGAUUUAUCAGCCCUAAACUAGCAACUGUGAUCCAAGCAGAUACUGUGAAAUCUGGUGAUCGCACAGCUCUUAUCAAAGAGCAAGAUGGAAUUCAAAUAUGUGAAUUAAAAGAUGAAUUUCUAAGAAAGGAGAAGUUAAUUGCUUAUAAUCAGACUGCCAAAAUGAGUUGUGAUAAAGGAGAAAAGACAUUACUUGUACAAGAAAAGUUUAAAGGAGAAGUUUCCAAUGAGAAGCAGGCAAAAGAGAAGAGAAAAAUUUCUGAAUUGGAGGACAGGGAUGGUGAAAAAGGGAAAGCUUCUGCAGAUAUUACAGGAUCUGUGAGUGUUAUAAUUCCUACUGACAUUAACAGGAAGUCCUCAAGUCAAGAUACAGUGUCACAUCCUCACUCUGAAGUUUCUGAUAUUAAACUCACAUUGGCUAGAAAUAGCAGGGGAAGUACUACAAAUGUAGAGCAGGAAAAAGUAAUGCCACCAGUAGAAGUAAUCGCUCAUAUGACACAGUCUACUUCAGAUCUGGAAGCUGAAGAAGCAAUGGAAUAUCAAGAGGAAAUUAUUUCAGAAGUACAAGAGUCUAAUCGCAAACCACCCGGCACAUUUUUCAGUGAGCAAUCAAUAAAUACUAGGGAGAAAAGCAAGAGAGAAAAAAAGGAGGUGAUUGUAAAGAAAAGUUCCAGCACAUCCAGACCAACAGUUCUUUCUGAAAAAAAGUUGACCCAGAAAACUCGUGGUAGAGAUGAGUGUGACUCCAAUGUAAAGAGUCUGUCUAUGGAAAUGAUCAAAGGUGAAAAGGGGGAGGAAGCUGGUAAAGAUAUGGAACUCUGUGAUACUUGUACAACCGAAGAUUUUUUCUCCCAAAUGAUAUCCAAAGGAAUUUCUGUAAGAAAUCCAGAUACUUUAACAUUCUUUACCUCUACACAAAUCAGUGAAAAGGAAGGAAAAAAUGUAAGUCUCAGCUCAACUUUUAAAACAGGAGAAAAUUUAUCUCAAAAAAUUUCUAGUGGGAUCCAGAGUGAGCUAUUCUCUUCUCCAAGAACUGAAGGAUCACACAACCAGCAAUUAGUUGGAAAACUUCAAAUUACAGAUACAUUACAAAUGUCAAGAGUAGACAAGAUUGUCCAAGGAAGUACCAAACAGGAAAUCAACUUUUACCAAGGAUCCUGUAUUACCUCUGAGACCAAGGAAGCCAAAGAUCUGAUUUUCCCAUCUAAAGAACCUAAAGAAAAGUCAGACCAACAAGUAUCUUUUGAUUCAACAAGCACUCUUAAAUUAGAAAAAGCAGUUUAUAGAAUAGAUCCAAAAGAAGUCAGUUAUCUAGAAUCAUCAGACAGGAAAGACCUUCAUUAUCAGGAGAGCAAACAUGAUCCUGAACUUUGUGAAAUUCUCAAAUCUAAAAUAACAGCUCAGGAAACAAAUGGAGAGAAAUUUCGAGAAGGGAGCCCUAUAGUGACAGGUCUAGAAGCAGGGUCCCUUGAAGCCAUAGUGACACAGAAAGUUCCCAGAGUCUUGGUCUCACUUCUUCCAGAGAAGGAUGUGUCAGGAAAAGAGAGUACAGGGCAACAGGAUGUCGUCAUUACUCUUACUGUUCCGGAAACCAAUGAAGAAACGGCAGUUCCCCUGACGUCAUGCUCUAUAGUGACGAUGGGUGGGAAUAAACCACAGGAAAAGCUCAGUGAGCAAACUCCAUUCAUGGCUGCACCUGAGGGAAAGGGAAAGAAGAGUGGAAGUGUACAUCCGGAACCCUUGAGAGCAACUCAAAAUGUGUUUAACCGGCAGCUCUGUUUAGAACAUGAUGAAAAACUGGUGUCCUAUUUGUCUUUGUUACGGGACAUUGAAAUGAGGACCAAACAAAUUCAACCUUUGGAACUUAACCUGGCAGAAUUACAGGACCUGGUGAGUCAGGCAAAGGUAUUAGACAGGGAGCUACAGGACCUGUCCAUUUUGGUGAGUCAGGAAUUGGAGUGUGUAAAUGAUAUUAUUGUCAGCCAGCCUCAAGAAGUCCCUGCUCAGCUGUUGAAGGCUCUAGAAAAAGAUGCCAAGAAUCUUCAGAAGUCUCUCAGCUCUGUGAGUAAUACUUGGAGUACCACUCUGCUCCAUCUCCAGAAUGCUAUGGAAGUAAAAAAGACCACAGUAUUAAAUCAGCACACACAGCUAGAAGGCAAACUUCAAGAUAUGAGAGCCUGGAUUGGCAAUACCAGUGUUAUUCUGAACAACAAAGAAUGUGACAAUGAAACAGAUGUCAACAGCCUGAGUCAUUCUCUCCAGCAGUAUAAAGAUUUGAAACAGCCCAUGGCUGAAAGGAAAUCUCAGCUGGAUGCUCUUGCUUUUGACAUUCAAGUCUUUAUCUCUGAGUAUGCACAGGACUUGUCCCCUCAGCAGAAUCGGCAGAUGCUGAGGCUCCUGAAUGAAUUGCAGAAGUCCUUCCAGGACCUUGUAGACUGGAUUACAGCUCAGAGGGAUGCCUUGCAGGGCCGCCUUCAACAAAUACAGCAGAAAGCUCAGCUUAAGACUCUGCAGAAACAACAAAAUACUUGUCAUCAGAAACUAGAGGAUCUAUGCACCUGGGUAGGACAGGCAGAAAGAACACUGGUGAGCCACCAGGGCAGAGCCUUCCAGGAGGGUCUUUCUUCUUUGCAGAAAAACCAAAGCGACUUGAAGGAUUUACAGGACAAUAUUCAGAAUCAUGCCACUGCAUUUACCACUGUUGUCAAAGAUGUUGAAGUGUUCCUAGAAGAGAACCAGACCAAACUGAGUCCCGAGGAAUUAACAGCUCUUCAGGAAAAGCUUCAUCAGGCUAAGGAGCGAUACGAGGCUCUCCAGGAGCAGACACGGGUGACCCAGAAGGAGCUGGAGAAAGCAGUGAGCUCAGCCUUACAACAGGAGACUGAGAAGAGUAAAGCAGCAAAGGAGCUGGCAGAGAACAAGAGCAAGAUUGAUGCUCUCUUGAAUUGGGUGACUUCCGUGGGCUCAUCAGGUGAACAGGUGCAGACCAGCCUUCCAGGAAAGAAGCAACUCUCUGGAGCCAGCCCUGAGCAAGGAGCCUUGGACACCACUGAUGGCCACAUUGGCAUGAACCAGGCCCCAGAGAACCUGGACCGGCAGUGUGAGAAGAUGAAGGCUCAUCACCAAGAAUUACUGUCCCAGCAGCAGAAUUUUGUUCUGGCCACACAAUCUGCUCAGGCAUUUCUGGAUCAGCAUGGCCACAAUCUCACACCUGAGGAACAACAGAAGCUGGAGGAGAAGCUAGGAGAUCUUAAGGAGCAAUAUGCAGCUUCUUUGGCACGAUCUGAGGCAGAGCUGAAGCAGGUGCAGACACUGCGGGAUGAGUUGCAAAAGUUUCUGCAGGACCAUCGAGAGUUUGAAAGCUGGCUAGAACGGUCUGAAAAAGAGCUGCAGAACAUGCAUAAGGGAGGCAUUGGCCCUGAAGCACUGCCCUCCUUGCUAAAGCGGCAGGGAAGCUUCUCAGAGGAUGUCAUUUCUCACAAAGGAGACUUAAGAUUUGUGACUAUUUCAGGGCAGAAAGUCUUGGAUGCAGAAAACAGCUCUGAGGAAAGCAAAGACCCAUCAACAACUAGCAACUUAGUUAAGGAGAAGCUGAAAGAUACAACAGAAAGAUACACUGCUCUCCAUGCAAAGUGUACACAAUUGGGCUCUCACCUGAAUAAGCUAUUAGGCCAAUAUCAGCAAUUCCAGAGCAGCGCUGACAACCUACAAUCCUGGAUGAAGGCUUGUGAGGCUAAUGUGAAGAAGCUCCUCUCAGAUACUAUUGCUUCUGACCCAGGAGUCCUGCAACAACAGCUUUCAGUGACAAAGAAGUUGCAAGAGGAGCUGGCUGAGCACCAAGUUCCUGUAGAAAAGCUCCAAAAAGUAGCUCAUGACUUCAUGGAAAUUGAAGGGGAACCAGUCCUGGACCCUAAGCAUGUCCAAGAAACUACAGAUUCCAUACUUGGCCACUUCCAGAGACUUUCCUGCAGUCUGGCUGAGCGCUCUGCUCUGCUGCAGAAGGCAAUUGCUCAGUCGCAAAGUGUCCAGGAAAGCUUGGAGAGCCUGCUGCAAUCCAUCAGGGAAGUUGAACACAAUCUGGAAGGGGAGCAGGUGACAUCCCUGUCAUCAGGAGUCAUCCAAGAAGCCCUAGCCAAUAAUAUGAAAUUGAAGCAAGACAUUGCUAGACAAAAGAGCAGCUUGGAGGCCACCCAUGAGAUGGUGACUCAGUUCAUGGAGACAGCAGACAGUUCUACAGCGGCGGUGCUUCAUGGCAAACUGGCAGAGGUGAGCCAACGCUUUGAACAACUGCUACUACAGCAGCAAGAAAAGGAGAGCACCUUAAAGAAGCUCUUGCCCCAGGCAGAGAUGUUCGAACAGCUCUCUGACAAGCUACAGCAGUUUAUGGAAAACAAAAGUCGGAUGUUGGCCUCUGGGAAUCAGCCAGAUCAAGAUAUUGCACAUUUCUCCCAGCAGAUCCAGGAACUCACUUUGGAAAUGGAAGACCAACAGGAGAACAUAGAUACUCUUGAGCACCUCCUUACUGCACUGGGCUCCUGUGGCUUUGUAUUGGACUUGUCCCAACACCAGAACAAGAUUCAGAAUCUCAAAAAGGACUUUACAAAGCUGAAGAAAACAGUUCAAGAAAGAGAGAAAGAUACAUCAUUUUGCCAGGAGCAGUUAGAUGAGUUUCGGAAGCUGAUUAGGACCUUCCAAAAAUGGCUGAGAGAAACUGAAGUAAAUAUUCCACCUUCAGAGACCUUCAUGAGUGCUAAAGAGCUGGAAAAGCAGAUUGAGCACCUAAAGCAUCUCCUAGAUGACUGGACAAGUAAAGGAGCACUAGUGGAAGAGAUCAACCACAAAGGCACAACUUUAGAAAAUCUCAUCACAGAGAUCACAGCACCUGAUUCCCCAGCCAAGACAGGUUCCAUACUGCCCCCUGUAGGAAGCUCUGUAGGCAGUGUAAACGGAUACCACACCUGCAAAGAUCUGACGGAGAUCCAGUGUGACAUGUCAGAUGUAAAUGUGAAAUACGAGAAACUGGGAGGCAUUCUUCAGGAUCGCCAAGAAAGCCUUCAGGCUAUCCUCAGCAGAAUGGAGGAAGCUCAGAAGGAAGCACAUGCAGUGCUGCAGUGGCUGGAAUCAAAAGAGGAAGUCCUGAAAGCCAUGGAUGAUGCUUUGUCUCCAACCAAGACAGAAACAGUGAAAGCCCAAGCUGAAUCUAACAAGGCCUUCUUGGCUGAAUUGGAACAGAAUUCUCCAAAAAUCCAAAAAGUAAAGGAAGCCUUAGCUGGAUUACUAAUGACAUAUCCCAACUCACAAGAAGCAGAAAAUUGGAAGAAAAUGCAAGAAGAGCUCAACUCAAGAUGGGAAAGGGCGACCGAGGUGACUAUGGCUCGGCAGAAGCAGCUGGAGGAAUCUGCAAGCCACCUGGCUGGCUUCCGGGCAGCAGAGUCCCAACUCCGGCCCUGGCUGCUGGAGAAGGAGCUGAUGAUGGGGGUGCUGGGGCCUUUGUCCAUUGACCCCAACAUGUUGAAUGCACAAAAGCAGCAGGUCCAGUUUAUGCUGAAGGAAUUUGAAGCACGCAGGCAACAGCAUGAGCAGCUGAACAAGGCAGCGCAGGGCAUCCUCACAGGCCCAGGAGAUGUCUCUCCAUCCACCAGCCAAGUACAGAAGGAACUCCAGAGCAUCAAUCAGAAGUGGGUCGAGCUAACUGAUAAACUGAAUUCCCGUUCCAGCCAAAUUGAUCAAGCUAUUGUCAAAAGUACCCAGUACCAAGAAUUGCUCCAGCACUUAUCCGAGAAGGUGAAAGCAGUUGGGCAGCGACUAAGUGGUCAGUCAGCCAUUAGCACUCAGCCUGAGGCUGUAAAGCAGCAAUUGGAGGAGACCAGUGAGAUUCGAUCUAACUUAGAGCAACUUGACGGUGAGAUUAAGGAGGCCCAGACACUGUGCAAUGAACUCUCGGUGCUUAUCGGUGAGCAGUACCUCAAGGACGAGCUCAAGAAGCGUUUAGAGACGGUCACCCUGCCACUCCAGGGCUUAGAAGAUCUUGCAGCUGAUCGCAUGAACAGACUCCAAGCAGCCCUUGCCAGCACCCAGCAGUUUCAGCAAAUGUUUGAUGAGCUGAGGACUUGGUUGGAUGACAAACAAAGCCAGCAAGCAAAAAACUGCCCAAUUUCUGCAAAAUUGGAGCAUAUACAGUCUCAGUUACAGGAGAAUGAAGAGUUUCAAAAGAGCCUUAAUCAACACAGUGGUUCUUAUGAGGUGAUUGUGGCUGAGGGGGAGUCUCUGCUGCUCUCUGUACCUCCUGGAGAAGAAAAAAGGAUUUUACAAAACCAGAUGAUUGAACUCAAAAGCCACUGGGAAGAACUUAGUAAAAAAACUGCUGAUAGACAAUCCAGACUCAAAGACUGCAUGCAGAAAGCUCAGAAGUAUCAGUGGCACAUGGAAGACCUUGUACCAUGGAUAGAAGAUUGUGAGGCCAAACUAUCAGAGGUGCAAGUUACUCUGGACCCAGUGCAACUCGAGUCUGGUCUCCUGAGGUCAAAGGCUAUGCUAAGUGAGGUGGAGAAGCGCCGCUCCUUGCUAGAAAUGCUGAAUAGUGCUGUAGACAUUCUGAUCAAUUCUUCAGAAAUAGAUGAGGAUGAUAUUCGGGAUGAGAAGGCUAGGAUCAACCAGAACAUGGAUACAAUUACACUAGAGUUACAGGCCAAAACAGGGUUGCUGGAAGAAAUGAGUCAGAGGCUCAAAGAGUUCCAAGAAAGCUUUAAGAAUAUUGAAAAGAAGGUGGAAGGAGCCAAACAUCAACUUGAAAUCUUUGAUGCCCUGGGCUCUCAAGCCUGUAGCAACAAGAAUCUGGAGAAGCUGAGGGCUCAACAGGAAGUACUACAGGCCCUAGAGCCUCAAGUAGACUAUCUGAGGAACUUCACUCAGGGACUGGUAGAAGAUGCCCCAGAUGGAUCUGAUGCUUCCCAACUUCUACAUCAAGCUGAGGUUGCCCAGCAAGAAUUCCUAGAAGUGAAGCAAAGAGUGAACAAUAGUUGCAUGACAAUGGAAAACAAGUUAGAGGGAAUUGGUCAGUUUCACUGCCGAGUCCGGGAGAUGUUUUCUCAAUUGGCAGACCUGGACGAUGAACUGGACAGCAUGGGUGCUAUUGGCAGAGACACAGAUAGCCUCCAGUCCCAAAUUGAGGAUGUGUGGCUAUUCCUUAAUAAAAUUCAAGCCCUCAGGUUUGAUAUAGAGGCCUCUGAAGCAGAGUGCCAACAAAUGCUAGAAGAAGAGGGGACUCUGGACUUGCUGGGUCUGAAGAGGGAGCUAGAAGCUCUGAGCAAACAGUGCAGCAAACUGACGGAGAGAGGAAAAGCUCGCCAGGAACAGCUAGAGCUGACUUUGGGCCGCAUAGAAGACUUCUAUAGGAAAUUGAAAGCACUGAAUGAUGCAACCACUGCAGCAGAGGAAGGAGAAGCACUGCAGUGGGUAGUGGGGACCGAAGUGGAUGUCAUCAACCAACAAUUAGCAGAUUUUAAAAUGUUUCAGAAAGAACAAGUGGAUCCUCUUCAGAUGAAAUUGCAGCAAGUGAAUGGGCUCGGCCAAGGAUUAAUUCAGAGUGCAGGAAAAAACUGUGAUGUUCAAGGUUUGGAACAUGACAUGGAAGAGAUCAAUGCUCGAUGGAAUACACUGAAUAAAAAGGUUGCUCAAAGAAUUGCACAACUACAGGAGGCCUUGUUGCAUUGUGGGAAGUUUCAAGAUGCCCUGGAGCCAUUGCUCAGCUGGUUGGCAGACACUGAGGAACUCAUAGCCAAUCAGAAACCUCCAUCUGCUGAGUAUAAAGUGGUUAAAGCACAGAUCCAGGAACAAAAGUUGCUCCAACGGCUCCUAGAUGACCGAAAGGCCACAGUAGACAUGCUUCAAGCAGAAGGAGACAGAAUAGCCCAGUCCGCUGAGAUGGCUGAUAGAGAGAAAAUCACUGGACAGCUAGCAAGUCUUGAAAGUAGGUGGACUGAACUACUCAACAAGGCAGCCGCCAGGCAAAAACAGCUGGAAGAUAUCCUGGUUCUGGCCAAACAAUUCCAUGAAACAGCUGAGCCUAUUUCUGAUUUCUUAUCUGUCACAGAGAAAAAGCUUGCUAACUCAGAACCUGUUGGCACUCAAACUGCCAAAAUACAGCAGCAGAUAAUUCGGCAUAAGGCUCUGGAGGAAGAAAUAGAAAACCAUGCAACAGAUGUGCGCCAGGCAGUGAACAUUGGGCAGUCCCUGUCCUCCCUGACCUGUCCUGCAGAACAGGGUGUGCUGUCAGAAAAGCUAGACUUGUUGCAGGCCCGAUACAGUGAGAUUCAAGACCGGUGUUGUCGGAAGGCAGCCCUGCUUGAACAAGCACUGUGCAAUGCUAGACUGUUUGGGGAGGAUGAGGUGGAAGUGCUCAACUGGCUGGCUGAGGCUGAGGACAAGCUCAGUUCAGUGUUCGUAAAGGAUUACAGACAGGAUGUCCUGCAGAAACAGCAUGCUAAUCACCUGGCUUUAAAUGAAGAGAUUGUUAAUAGAAAGAAGAAUGUAGAUCAAGCUAUUAAAAAUGGUCAGGCUCUUCUAAAACAAACCACAGGUGAAGAGGUGUUGCUUAUACAGGAGAAACUGGAUGGAAUAAAGACCCGCUAUGUAGACAUCACAGUCACUAGCUCUAAGGCUCUCAGAACUUUAGAGCAAGCCCGACAACUGGCCACCAAAUUCCAGUCCACAUAUGAGGAACUGACUGGGUGGCUGAGGGAGGUGGAGGAAGAGCUGGCAGCCAGCGGAGGACAGUCUCCCACGGGGGAGCAGAUACCCCAGUUUCAGCAAAGACAGAAGGAAUUAAAGAAAGAGGUCAUGGAGCACAGACUGGUGUUGGACACAGUGAAUGAGGUGAGCCGUGCCCUCUUAGAGCUGGUGCCCUGGAGAGCCAGAGAAGGACUGGAUAAACUUGUGUCAGAUGCCAACGAGCAGUACAAACUGAUCAGUGACACUGUUGGACAAAGAGUGGAUGAAAUCGAUGCUGCUAUUCAGAGAUCACAACAGUAUGAACAAGCUGCUGAUGCAGAACUUGCUUGGGUUUUGGAAACAAAACGAAAGCUGAUGGCCCUAGGUCCAAUUCGACUUGAACAGGACCAGACAACAGCUCAGCUGCAGGUGCAGAAGGCUUUCUCCAUUGACAUAAUUAGACACAAAGACUCUAUGGAUGAGCUCUUUAGUCACCGUGGUGAAAUCUUUGGCACAUGUGGAGAGGAGCAGAAAGCUGUAUUACAGGAAAAAACAGAAUCUCUAAUACAACAAUAUGAAGCCAUUAGCCUACUCAAUUCUGAGCGUUAUGCCCGCCUAGAGCGCGCACAGGUCUUGGUGAACCAGUUUUGGGAAACUUAUGAAGAGCUUAGCCCUUGGAUUGAGGAGACUCGGACACUCAUAGCACAGUUGCCUCCUCCUGCUAUUGAUCAUGAACAGCUCAGGCAGCAGCAAGAAGAAAUGAGGCAACUGAGGGAAUCCAUUGCUGAGCAUAAACCUCAUAUUGAUAAACUACUAAAGAUAGGCCCACAACUAAAGGAGUUAAACCCAGAGGAAGGGAUGAUGGUAGAAGAAAAAUACCAGAAAGCAGAAAACAUGUAUGCCCAAAUUAAAGAGGAAGUGCGUCAGCGAGCUCUGGCUCUGGAUGAGGCUACCUCCCAGUCUGCUCAGAUUACAGAGUUCCAUGAUAAAAUUGAGCCCAUGUUGGAGACUCUGGAGAAUCUUUCAUCUCGCCUCCGUAUGCCACCCCUGAUCCCUGCUGAAGUGGACAAGAUCAGAGAGUGCAUCAGUGACAAUAAGAGUGCCACCAUGGAACUCGAAAAACUGCAGCCAUCUUUUGAGGCCCUGAGGCGCUGUGGAGAAGAGCUCAUUGGACGAUCUCAAGGAGCAGACAAGGAUCUGGCUGCAAAAGAAAUUCAGGACAAACUGGAUCAAAUGGUGUUCUUCUGGGAGGACAUCAAAGCUCGGGCUGAAGAACGUGAAAUUAAAUUCCUUGAUGUCCUUGAAUUGGCGGAGAAAUUCUGGUACGACAUGGCAGCUCUCUUGACCACCAUCAGAGACACCCAGGAUAUAGUCCAUGACUUAGAAAGCCCAGGCAUUGACCCAUCCAUCAUCAAACAACAAGUUGAAGCUGCUGAGACUAUUAAGGAGGAGACAGAUGGUCUACAUGAGGAGUUGGAAUUUAUUCGAAUCCUUGGAGCAGAUUUGAUUUUUGCCUGUGGCGAAACUGAGAAGCCCGAAGUGAAGAAGAGCAUUGAUGAGAUGAAUAAUGCUUGGGAGAACUUAAACAAAACAUGGAAAGAGAGGCUUGAAAAACUUGAAGAUGCAAUGCAAGCCGCUGUGCAUUAUCAAGACACUCUUCAGGCUAUGUUUGAUUGGCUGGAUAACACUGUGAUCAAACUCUGUACCAUGCCCCCUGUCGGCACUGACCUCAACACUGUUAAAGAUCAGUUAAAUGAAAUGAAGGAGUUCAAAGUUGAAGUUUACCAGCAGCAAAUUGAGAUGGAGAAGCUCAAUCACCAGGGUGAACUAAUGUUAAAGAAAGCUACUGACGAAACAGAUAGAGACAUUAUACGAGAACCAUUGACAGAACUCAAACACCUCUGGGAGAACCUGGGUGAAAAAAUUGCCUACAGACAGCAUAAGCUAGAAGGUGCUCUCUUGGCCCUUGGCCAGUUCCAGCAUGCCCUAGAGGAACUUAUGGGCUGGCUGACUCACACCGAAGAGUUGCUGGAUGCUCAGAGGCCAAUAAGUGGAGACCCAAAAGUCAUUGAAGUUGAACUUGCAAAACACCAUGUUCUAAAAAAUGAUGUUUUGGCUCAUCAAGCCACAGUGGAAACAGUCAACAAAGCCGGCAAUGAGCUUCUUGAAUCUAGUGCUGGAGAUGAUGCCAGCAGCCUGCGAAGCCGCCUGGAAACUAUGAACCAGUGCUGGGAGUCAGUGUUGCAGAAAACAGAGGAGAGGGAACAGCAGCUUCAGUCAACACUGCAGCAGGCCCAAGGUUUCCACAGUGAAAUUGAAGAUUUCCUCUUGGAGCUGACUAGAAUGGAGAGCCAGCUGUCUGCAUCUAAACCCACAGGAGGACUUCCUGAAACUGCUAGGGAGCAGCUUGAUACACAUAUGGAACUAUAUUCCCAGUUGAAAGCAAAGGAGGAGACUUACAAUCAACUGCUUGACAAAGGCAGGCUCAUGCUCCUAAGCCGUGGUGAUUCUGGAUCUGGCUCAAAGACAGAGCAGAGUAUAGCACUCUUGGAGCAGAAAUGGCAUGUGGUCAGCAGUAAAUUGGAAGAAAGAAAGUUAAAGCUGGAAGAGGCCCUGAAUUUGGCAACAGAAUUCCAGAAUUCCCUACAAGAAUUUAUCAACUGGCUCACUCUAGCAGAGCAGAGUUUAAACAUUGCUUCUCCCCCCAGCCUGAUUUUAAACACUGUGCUUUCCCAGAUAGAGGAUCACAAGGUUUUUGCUAAUGAAGUGAAUGCCCAUCGAGACCACAUCAUAGAGCUGGAUCAAACAGGCAAUCAGUUAAAGUUCCUUAGCCAAAAACAGGAUGUUGUUUUGAUCAAGAAUUUGUUAGUUAGUGUCCAGUCUCGGUGGGAGAAAGUUGUCCAGCGAUCUAUUGAAAGAGGGCGAUCACUAGAUGAUGCCAGGAAGCGGGCAAAACAAUUCCAUGAAGCUUGGAAGAAACUGAUUGACUGGCUGGAAGAUGCAGAGAGUCAUCUAGACUCAGAAUUGGAGAUAUCCAAUGACCCAGACAAAAUUAAACUGCAGCUUUCUAAGCAUAAGGAGUUUCAGAAAACACUUGGUGGCAAACAGCCCGUGUAUGAUACCACAAUUAGAACUGGGAGAGCAUUGAAAGAGAAGACUCUGCUUGCAGAUGAUACACAGAAACUGGACAACUUACUGGGAGAAGUUAGAGACAAAUGGGAUACUGUUUGUGGCAAGUCUGUGGAGCGGCAGCAUAAGUUGGAGGAAGCACUGCUGUUCUCUGGCCAGUUCAUGGAUGCCCUGCAAGCACUGGUCGACUGGUUGUACAAGGUAGAGCCGCAGCUGGCAGAGGACCAACCUGUGCAUGGGGACCUUGACCUUGUCAUGAACCUCAUGGAUGCACAUAAGGUUUUCCAGAAGGAACUUGGAAAACGAACAGGAACUGUUCAGGUUCUGAAGCGAUCAGGAAGAGAACUGAUUGAGAACAGUCGAGAUGAUACCACUUGGGUAAAAGGACAGCUACAGGAACUGAGCACUCGUUGGGACACUGUUUGUAAACUCUCCGUUUCCAAGCAAAGCCGUCUUGAGCAGGCUUUAAAACAAGCUGAAGAGUUUCGGGACACAGUCCACAUGCUGUUGGAGUGGCUCUCUGAAGCAGAGCAAACUCUUCGCUUUCGGGGGGCACUUCCUGAUGACACAGAAGCCUUGCAGUCUCUCAUUGAUACCCACAAGGAGUUUAUGACGAAAGUAGAAGAAAAGCGAGUGGAUGUGAAUGCAGCAGUAUCUAUGGGGGAAGUGAUCCUAGCAGUCUGCCAUCCUGACUGCAUCACAACCAUUAAACACUGGAUCACAAUCAUCCGAGCUCGCUUUGAGGAGGUCCUAACAUGGGCAAAACAACACCAACAGCGCCUGGAAACUGCCCUGUCAGAGCUGGUGGCUAACGCUGAGCUCCUGGAAGAACUUCUGGCAUGGAUCCAGUGGGCUGAGACUACUCUCAUUCAGCGAGAUCAGGAGCCAAUCCCUCAGAAUAUCGACAGAGUGAAAGCCCUUAUAGCUGAGCAUCAGACAUUUAUGGAAGAGAUGACCCGAAAACAACCUGAUGUGGACCGGGUCACCAAGACGUACAAAAGGAAGACUGUGGAACCUACUCGUGCUCCUUUUACCGAGAAAUCCCGCAGUGGUGGCAGGAAGCCCUUGAGUCAGCCCACACCUCCUCCCAUGCCAAUCUUUUCACAGUCUGAAGCGAAAAACCCACGGAUCAACCAGCUCUCUGCUCGCUGGCAGCAGGUGUGGCUGUUGGCCCUAGAGCGCCAGCGGAAGCUGAACGAUGCCUUGGAUCGCCUGGAGGAGUUGAAGGAAUUCGCCAACUUUGAUUUUGAUGUCUGGAGGAAAAAGUAUAUGCGUUGGAUGAAUCACAAGAAGUCUCGGGUAAUGGAUUUUUUCCGGCGCAUUGACAAGGACCAAGAUGGAAAGAUAACACGUCAGGAGUUUAUUGAUGGCAUCUUAGCAUCCAAGUUCCCUACCACCAAGUUAGAAAUGACUGCUGUGGCUGACAUUUUUGAUCGGGAUGGUGAUGGCUACAUUGACUACUAUGAAUUUGUGGCUGCUCUCCAUCCCAAUAAGGAUGCUUACCGACCAACAACUGAUGCAGAUAAAAUUGAGGAUGAGGUCACAAGACAAGUGGCUCAGUGCAAAUGUGCAAAAAGAUUUCAGGUGGAGCAGAUUGGAGAGAAUAAAUACCGGUUCUUCCUCGGCAAUCAGUUUGGGGAUUCCCAGCAGUUGCGGCUGGUCCGUAUUCUGCGCAGCACAGUGAUGGUCCGAGUUGGUGGAGGAUGGAUGGCCUUAGAUGAAUUUUUAGUGAAAAAUGAUCCCUGCCGAGUUCACCAUCCUGGGAGUAAAAUAAAGCGCUCUGAUUCCAGCUCUUCGAUUUCCAGUCAGUCUCCCAUAGCACGAGGUAGAACUAACCUCGAGCUUAGAGAGAAGUUCAUCCUACCAGAGGGAGCAUCCCAAGGAAUGACCCCUUUCCGAUCACGGGGUCGAAGAUCCAAGCCGUCUUCCCGGGCAGCUUCUCCCACCCGCUCCAGCUCAAGUGCUAGUCAAAGUAACCACAGCUGUACAUCUAUGCCUUCUUCUCCAGCCACGCCAGCCAGCGGGGCAAAGACUCCACUUCAGUUCUCUCGCUGUUAUGACAAACCUUGGCUGGUAAACAGUAAAGUGGGCACCCCUGUCAAGGACAACCAUUGUCCUGACCUCCAGCUGCCCAGCCCCGAGAUAAUUCCAUCAACAGGCAGCAAGUUGAAACGACCAACACCAACUUUCCAUUCUAGCCGAACAUCCCUCGCUGGUGAUACCAGCAAUAGUUCUUCCCCAGCCUCCACAGGUGCCAAAACCAAUCGGGCAGACCCUAAAAAGUCAGCCAGUCGCCCUGGAAGCCGGGCUGGAAGUCGAGCUGGGAGCCGAGCCAGCAGCCGGCGAGGAAGUGACGCUUCUGAUUUCGACCUUUUAGAGACACAGUCGGCCUGUUCAGACACCUCAGAAAGCAGUGCUGCAGGGGGCCAGGGCAGCUCCAGGAGAGGGCUAACCAAACCUUCCAAAAUCCCAACCAUGUCCAAGAAGACCACCACUGCCUCCCCCAGGACUCCGGGUCCCAAGCGAUAACACUGUCCAAGCCCCACACCACUAUCCACUUUGAAUCCUGCUCCAUACAUUGGAUGUAUAUUUAUUCUGAAUGGGAGAAGUUAUAUUGUUAAAAGUGUAAAAGAAUAAUUGUGUUAUGAAGCUGCCUUAUUUUUUUUUUCUUUUUGUAAGUUACUAUUUUCAUGUGAAUAUUUAUGUAGAUAAAAUUUGCCUCCUGGUAACCCUGUGAUGGAUAGGGUCCAGAAAUGAAAUAUUUGAGAAAAACAAGUAAAAAGGUCAAGACAUAAAUAUGUAUU